AUGAUUGAAAGCCCUCGCACAAAUCUAUGUCCUGCAGAACUAAAGGGGUUGAAACUACAAGUUCUCAAAAUUCCUGCGUUCAUUCUAGCAUUAUAUGAAGAUUCAUUUGGAAAUUACAACCGGUGGAAAGAUAAAGAAAACCUGGGGAAUGAUUUACAUCAUCGUUUUUGGAUUGCUCGCGCGAAAACUUUAUUUUCCCAUGCGUUUUUUGGAUGUGUAAUUUCAGAUCCUAUGGACACCAAAUCUUCAAUGCCAACUCCUGCGAAGGUUUUUGAGUUCAUAGCGAAGAUUUUUGCUGGCAGCACACCUGAGCUCAACCUCAUGAUCUCUUUCUGA